AUGGACUUGGUCGAUUUGACGGCCGAAUACGGGAAAACGCCACCAGAGAAAUGCCGAGUUUGCGGGAAAUCGCCGGCUUCAAAAAUUUAUGGAUCAAUUGCAUGCGCAAGCUGUAAAAUCUUUUUCCUUCGUGUGUGCACUGCUGGAGCUCCAGUGCCCGAUUGUCAAAAUUUUCGCCUAUGUGUUGGCCCGAAAUUCUUGGUUCCAGGGAAAAGCCGUUGUGUAGCGUGUCGCUUCGAGAAAUGCAUUCAAGUGGGAAUGUUGCCGGAAAACACGGCUCGUCGUCGUGGUUGUCUCCUUCGAGAGAAACGAUCGAUGAUUGGAUUAAAGCCAAGAGGUCGACCAAAACUGGAAACACAAGAAAUCGACGAUCAACCGUCAACGAGUUUUUCUCUGGAUACGAGAGAAGCCCAACUAAUCGCCAAAUACUUUUCCCGUCCUCUCCUCUUCUCUAAGGCUCCAUCAUUAGACGUUUUGAGAGAGUUGACGAAUUUUGAGAGAUUAUUGAUGAGUGACACGGUAAUCGACUUGCUUCCACACAAUUUCGAAUACACGAUGGAAAAGAUGAAAAUGAUGGACAUUUUGUGGAAUCCGACGAUCAUUUGCCCGAGAGCACCGGUUGGCUAUCAGUUGUACACGAACUACGAGAUGCCACGGAAAUACAUGUCCACACUAGGUGGACGAAUGUUUGCCCGGUCGCUUGUCCUCUUUGCCGACUGGUUCCGCGCAACACCAGAGUUCUGGGAUUUGAAUGAAGAAGAUCGGAUAAAUCUCUUUUGCCGGCAAGUUCUUCGACUCAAUUUGCUGAAUGAUUACUAUUACACGCAUAAAUAUCAAUUCAAUGAUGGGAUUCUCUCACCACUUUACACUAGACUCAAAGCCAAUGAGAUCGAGGAGGCCAAUUUGGAGGCAAUCACCGACUCUUUUCUCUAUCACAUGCAUUUCGGGAUGAGCGUCGUGAUUCCGACAAUGCGAAAAGUCGAGAUGGGCGACGAGGAAUUUGUUUUGAUAAGGAAUAUCAUCUUUUUCUCAUCAGGCAUUGGUUUGACAGAGAACGGCUCAGAGAUUGCAAGAAAAGCCUUCUUAAAAUAUUCGAAUAUUUUGUUAGAGUAUUUAAAACUUCGUUUCCGAAGGGAAACCCUGGCCAUUGAGAAAUUUGGGAAAUUGAUGGAGAUCCCAACUUACAUGCAGUGGUUAGCUCAAAAGAUGGAUCGUCGCUUUUGUAAAAUGGUCUUCAUGAAAGAGAGCGGAAUUGUUGGAUCGCUGCCUGAAGAAAUCUUUCAGAGACUU